AUGUCGAGUUCCACGCACCCGCAGCCUUCGACCAGCGAGACGUCGCGGACGCGCGAAGUCUUCAAAUGUUUGGAGCCCUUCGAAACGUCCAUCCAGCCUCUGCAGUUCAACAAUGGUGAACUCAAGGACAGACUCGCUGUCGGCAGUGACGACACGGCUUUGGCUGCGUUUGCCCAGCUGGGUGCGCUGCGACUCAAGGCCCAGCGCUGCCUCAUCUCGCUUCUGUCAAAAGAUGAAGAAUGGAUCCUAGCCGAGAGUACCAGGACGCUAAGUUUACACCCGCACUGGCACAUCAUCAGCGACGUGCGACAGGAUGCCGACAUGCAGAAGCUCAUCUUGGUCAAGGCUGUCAGCACCCUGAGAUUCUACGCUGCUGUACCCAUCCGAACAAGCAAUGGCUUGGUCGUCGGUACCUACGCCAUCCUGGACGACCGUCCUCGCUUUGGAAUCAGUGCCGACGAGAUGGUCUUCAUGGAAGACAUAGCUGACACCAUCAUGGGUCAUCUCCAAGCCAAACAUACCGCCUUGCAGAGACAACGUGGUGACCGCCUGAUCAAGGGUUUGGCUCUUUUCAGUGAAGGCAAGGACAGUCUGCGCGACUGGUGGCUGGAUACACACUCUCGUAAGGAAAGGGGCGAGGGUGCAAGACGUCGCCGCGGCUCAAUUGAGGAAGAAAAGACCCGAAACGAUCGUGCCGAUGAGGAAUUGGGCAUGAACUAUCAUGCCUCUGACAUUCCACAUGGUCGGACCCAUGCCCUCAACGACACGAAGCAGAUCCUGCCAGCCGGCCAAGUUCCGAAACCCACGUUGAAAUCUGGCCAUCUGGCCCAGGACAAGCAUGAAGGCUUCGACCUCGGCCGCGAAAUCAACACAGCAUUCGCUCGAAGCAGCAACCUCAUGCGUGAGGCUAUCAGCGCCGAAGGUGUUGCCUUUAUCGAUGCCGAUUUCCACCGUUCCAAAGAGGCGACCAAGAACCAAGAAUCUUCUUCUACCGACCUCGAAAGCGACACUGCGACUGGCUCUUCCGGCCCGGAGUCAACUUCGCCCAAACUGCAGACACCCAUUUCUCCCGAUGCUCAAUGCGCCCUGCUUGGCUUUUCUACAAAGGUCAAGUCUACCAUCCGUGGCUUCGAUGCUUCUGCAAGACACUCUAGUCUCCCAAAGACUUUCAUUCGCAGCCUUAUCCGUCGCUACCCUAUGGGCAAAGUUUUCAACUACCAUGAUGGCAAAGCUCUCUCAAGUUCUUCUGGCACCGAUAUCUCCUCGGACGAUGUUAGUGAGGGAUCCAAGAACAGCAGGUCACGCAAACGUCGCAGUCGCGAAUUCGUCGACGCUAUGACUCUGGGCGAAGUCUUCUCCGGCCCCCGUAGUAUCGCUUUCCUGCCCUUGUGGGACAGUAGACGGGAGAGAUGGCGAUCUGCCGUUUUCGUCUGGAACGCCGCACCCAACAGAUUCUUGGACAAGGCCGAGGACAUUACAUAUCUCGCAGCUUUCAGCAACAACCUGAUGGCUGAGCUGUCACGUCUCGACGCCAUAGCCGCCGAUCAAGCCAAAGCCACUUUCAUCAGCUCUGUUUCUCACGAGUUGAGAUCUCCACUACAUGGAGUGUUGGCGGGAGUGGAGCUCUUGCAGGAAAGUCACCUCAACAACUACCAACAGGAGAUGACGACUACCAUUAGCAUGGCUGGCAAGACAUUACUCGACACAAUCAACAACAUUCUUGACUUUACGAAGAUCAACAGUUUCACAGACCUAGAACGCAAGGACAGGAAAGAAAAGGACGCUGGUAGGAACUCCGGGUUCAAGACUGCGGACAUGGGUGAAGUCGGAGUCACGAGUGCAGUUGAUCUUGCUGUUUUGACCGAGAAUGUGGUCGACACAACCGUCACGGCUAAGAGCUUCCAAGCAAGCAAAGCAAAACAGGAUGACGAAGAUGAACUCGUCUCAAAAGCACCAAAGCAAGUCGCGGUAGUAUUGAACAUCGCUAAACGACCGAACUGGAACUUGGACAUAUCGCCUGGUAGCUGGACCAGAGUCAUCACCAACCUUUUGGGUAAUGCACUUAAGUACACCAAACAAGGUACAAUUACUGUGAGUCUGCAGUACAAGAAAUCGGAGCAUCCGGACAAGGCUCAGGUAUCAUUGACGAUCGAGGAUACUGGCCAAGGCAUUGGCAGCGAAUAUCUUCGAAACCACUUGUACACACCGUUUAUGCAGGAAAACACGCACGCCGUUGGUACUGGACUUGGACUCUCGAUUGUGAAGCAGAUCAUCAAGGACUUUGGUGGUCACAUCACUUUUGAGAGUGAGCUUGGAAGGGGAACCAAAGUGGUUGUCUUCUUCAACGCUACCUUUGAAGAGGACGCAGAGUCUGAAAUUCACGUACCGAAAUGUGCUGAUGGCGGCAACCUGAAAGUUGCACUGUCCAAGUCGUUGGGCACGACUGAUGGGGAUCGCACACGCGACAAGAUCAUCAAGACGAACACUUCCAAGACUUGCAAGGAAUGGCUAGAUUGCCAGACUGAGUCGGUGUCCGCUUCUGACGGUGCUGACGCCUUCGAUGUUUGUAUUCUGGCUGAAGCAGAUUAUGAUCAAUGGCAAGAGAAGAGGAGAAACUCGACAAGUCAGACGCCAACACCGAUGAUUGUGCUCGGUUCGAUCUCUGCCUCAUCAGUCUCUGGGUUUCACAAGUAUGCUGACUGUGUUGUGAAUCAGNGUCCGAGAAAAAUGUCAAGAGCACUGGCGGCAGCUCUGCAGAGUCGUGUCCAGUCGAACCCAACUUCUGGAAACCGAACGCUAGGCGCCAUUGCCACCUCACCGUCCGCCUUGCAAAUACUCACAAAACCGGCGAAUAGCGAUCCCCCGCCAACCUACACGGAGUCAAGACCUGGCCUGAAAUUAAAUACAUCCAUUCCCUCAACACCUACGUCAUCCGAGAAGAACGCGACUCCACGGACAAUCGAAAUUACCGCUGACGAGGAUACGAACCGCCGUAAAGUGCUGCUAGUUGAGGACAACUCGAUCAAUAUGAAACUCCUCGUCGCGACCAUGCGCAAGUUGAAACGACCCUACACCUCCUCAGGCAACGGCCUAGAGGCGGUGACCGCCUAUGCGUCUGCGCCAUCCUCCUAUGCCUUGAUCCUCAUGGACAUCUCUAUGCCAGUGAUGGACGGCUUUACAGCCACCGAGUUGAUUCGCAACCUCGAGGAAAAGAACAAAUGGAAUCGUUGCACUAUCAUGGCACUGACUGGCGUUGGCGACGCGGAAGCAAAGAAACGCGCCUUCCUCGCUGGAGUCGACGACUUUAUGACGAAACCAGUCAGCAUGGGCAAACUAGGCGGCAUCAUCAAGAACCUCGAAGGCGGAGGAGGUAACGUCGACACCGAUGCCAACACUCGCAAGCAAAACGCGUGCCACGAAAAAGCACAACAGAAUGGACACAAUCAACAGCAGCAACAUGCAGUGGAACAGCCCGCCUGA